AUGAGCCAGCUGCCUCCAUCGCCGCCUUCGGAGCCUCUGUCUCCCGGGGGCCAGUCGCGCCAUGCCACGGAACCUGUCCCUCUCGAUUCCGAAAUCCGCACAACCCCAAUCCACCAUCUUCUUGAAGACAUUCGCGUCCCAUCGGAGCCUCUCCCACCGUACCGUUAUCACCCAAUCACUUGCACUCCACUUGACGCAGUGGAAAUUCACACCCAGCUACAGUCAUUGCGGAAGGAGUAUUCGACUCCCGUAGCGGCCAUUAAGGGCCAGGAAGAACUGGCGAAAGAGGUGAAGAGGAGGAUGGCGGAGGCUGAGCAGAAGAGAGAGGAUAUCCAGAAACUUAUGAAGAGAAAGACGGAAGAAAGAGGCACGGAAAGAAGGGUUUUUGAAAAGAUUAAAAAGGAAAGGGAGGGCAGGACAGUGUGA